GGCUCCUUCUGCGCUUUCCGCUCGGUUCUCGAUUAACUAGCCUUCAGUGGGAGAGACGCAAGAUGGCGGACAAGAUGUCUAGCAGUUCGCAGAGAGCGGGAUCUAAGCAACCGCUCUUGGAAAGUAAACUGAAAGCCUUUAGUAUUGGCAAGAUGAGCACUGCAAAAAGAACUUUAAGUAAAAAGGAGCAAGAAGAACUCAAAAAGAAGGAAGAUGAGAAAGCAGCUGCAGAGAUAUAUGAAGAAUUCCUAGCGGCCUUCGAGGGAGGUGAUGUCAGCAAAGUGAAAACGUUUGUCAGAGGAGGAAUUGUCAACGCCACGAAAGAGGAGAGUGAAGCAGAUGAAAAGAAAGGCAAACUGUACAAGCCUGCAAAGUUUAUUGAGCCAAAAACUCCGCAGCCUAGCAGUGAAAGACCGCAACCCCCUCCCCAACCUCUGCUACUCGUGGAGCCUAAAAAACCGCCUUUGAAAAAAGGGGAGAAAGAAAAGAAGAAAAGCAACUUGGAACUUUUCAAAGAAGAGCUGAAACAAAUACAGGAGGAGAGGGAUGAACGGCACAAAACGAAAGGCAGAAUGAGUAGAUUUGAACCCCCUCAAGCAGAGGGGGAUGGUCAGCGACGCACAACGGAUACUCCGUCAAGACGGAACAGAUCCUCUGCUCUUGACGAUUAUGCUCCUGGGUCACAUGAUGUUGGUGAUCCAAGCACUACAAACUUGUACCUUGGGAACAUCAACCCUCAGAUGAACGAAGAAAUGCUGUGCCAGGAAUUUGGUCGAUUUGGGCCACUGGCCAGUGUCAAAAUUAUGUGGCCACGAACAGAUGAGGAGAGGGCACGCGAGAGGAAUUGUGGUUUUGUUGCGUUUAUGAACAGAAGAGACGCAGAACGAGCUUUGAAAAACCUAAAUGGAAAAAUGGUUAUGUCAUUUGAAAUGAAGUUGGGAUGGGGAAAAGCUGUCCCUAUCCCUCCUCACCCAAUAUAUAUUCCUCCGUCUAUGAUGGAACACACUUUGCCACCCCCUCCUUCUGGUCUUCCUUUUAAUGCCCAACCAAGAGAACGACUCAAGAACCCUAAUGCUCCUAUGCUGCCACCGCCAAAAAAUAAGGAGGAUUUUGAGAAGACUCUGUCGCAAGCCAUAGUCAAAGUGGUUAUCCCAACAGAAAGGAAUUUACUUGCUCUGAUCCAUCGAAUGAUCGAAUUUGUGGUGCGUGAAGGCCCAAUGUUUGAAGCUAUGAUUAUGAACCGAGAAAUCAACAAUCCGAUGUUCCGGUUUUUAUUUGAAAAUCAAACACCAGCUCACGUAUAUUACAGAUGGAAACUGUACUCGAUAUUACAGGCAAAUUCCCCAACAAAAUGGCGAACUGAAGAUUUCCGAAUGUUCAAGAAUGGCUCCUUUUGGAGGCCUCCGCCAUUGAAUCCUUAUUUGCACGGUAUGACUGAGGAGCAGGAAACAGAGACUUUUGUAGAAGAGCCAAUUAAAAAAGGAUCCCUUAAAGAAGAACAGAGGGACAAAUUGGAGGAGAUCUUACGGGGGUUAACGCCAAGGAAGAACGACAUUGGGGAUGCGAUGGUGUUCUGCCUCAACCAUGCCGAGGCUGCAGAAGAGAUCGUAGACUGCAUUACAGAGUCACUGUCUAUCUUAAAAACCCCUCUACCUAAAAAAAUUGCCAGGCUGUAUCUGGUGUCAGACGUGUUGUACAACUCUUCAGCUAAGGUUGCAAAUGCAUCGUACUACAGGAAAUUCUUUGAAUCAAAGUUAUGCCAAAUAUUUGCUGAUCUCAAUGCAGCCUAUAGAGCUAUACAAGGCCACUUACAGUCCGAAAACUUUAAGCAACGUGUUAUGACGUGUUUCCGAGCGUGGGAAGACUGGACAAUUUAUCCAGAACCUUAUCUCAUCAAGUUACAGAAUAUUUUCCUUGGACUUGUUAAUGUUGAAGAAAAAGAACCGGAAGUGAGACUAAUGGAAGUACCAGAUGACCUGGAUGGCGCUCCUAUUGAGGAAGAAUUGGAUGGGGCUCUGUUGGAGGAUGUUGAUGGGAUUCCAAUUGAUUGCGCUCCUCUCGAUGACCUCGAUGGUGUUCCCAUAAAGACACUUGACGAUGAUUUGGAUGGAGUGCCAUUGGACAUCUCAGAAGACUCCAAGAAGAAUGAGCCCAUAUUUAAAGUGGCCCCCUCUAAAUGGGAAGCAGUAGAUGAGGCUGAGCUGGAAUCACAAGCUGUGACCACUUCAAAGUGGGAAGCUUUUGACCAACGAGAGGAGUCUGAGGAAGAUGAAAACCCAAACCAAGGGGAAGAAAGCGAUGAGGAGGAUGAUACACAGAGCUCAAAGUCAGAGGAUCAGCAUUAUUACUCCAACCCAAUCCGAGACGACCUCUCUGAUUCAAAGUCCAUGAAGUACUCCGAAAUGAGCGAAGAGAAGCGUGCAAAACUUAGGGAAAUUGAGCUUAAAGUAAUGAAAUUCCAAGAUGAAAUUGAGUCUGGAAAAAGGCCAAAGAAACCUGGGCAAAGCAUACAAGAGCAAGUAGAACACUAUCGGGACAAGCUGCUUCAAAGGGAAAGAGAGAAAGAACAAGAAAGAGACAGAGAUAAGAAAGAGAAGGACAAGUUUGACUAUCGUUCAAAGGACAAGAAAGAAAAAGAGGAUGUAACUCCAACCAGAAAAGAGAGAAAAAGACGUCACAGUGGGUCUGUUAGUCCAUCACGCAGCAGCAGCAGCAGACGGGCGAAGUCUCCUUCACCAAAGUCAGAGAGGUCAGAGAGAUCAGAGAGAUCAGAAAGGUCCCAUAAAGAGAGCUCUCGAUCUAGAUCAUCUCAUAAAGACUCUCCCAGGGACAUUACUAAAAAGGCCAAAAGGUCGCCAUCUGGGUCAAGAACACCUAAAAGAUCUCGAAGGUCACGGUCUAGGUCUCCAAAAAAGUCGGUGAAAAAAUCAAGGUCACAGUCCAGAUCCCCUCACAGGUCUCACAAGAAGUCAAAGAAAAACAAACACUGACAGAACGUUCCAUUUUUUUUUUUUUUAUUUUUUUUUUGCUAUUUUAAUUGUCAUUUCCUGAAAAUUUAUUUUUUUUUCUUUCCGUGCCUGAACAAUGUUUAAAAAAAAAAUGGAAAAAAAUAAGUAAAAGUUUAAAAAAAUCCUAAAAAACAGCAUUCCAAAUUUUUUUUUUCUGUGAAUGCAUGUGUAUACAAAACAGUAACUGUAGAGCUGUCUGUUUUAUAUUGUACAAAAUACAAACUUGUCCAGUGUGGC